GGUUUUCUUUACCUGUUUGUUUUAACGGGCAAAACUUUGGGAAGAUCGGCGUCACGUGUUUGUUUGUUUGUGUGAAUGUUGCUUAUAUGUUUCCGUUAACACGGGUUUAGUUUCCGCCUCUCACGGCGAUGGAAACGUCCUCUGCUUUGACAGGAAGUGGGCGUGUCCUUCAUUCCGUCGGCUGACCAGGGAUCAGUUGUAGUACUAUUAAAGGAAGGAGCUGGUCCCGGCUUCUUUUGUCACUAACUACAUCCCGGAGGGGCGGUGUUUUUUUAAUACUUUGAACCGCUAGUAUCAAAGUGACCUCGCCGCUUUCCUGGUCGGCCAGGAGGAGGAAAUCAAUGUGACAACUAAAGUUGAAAUCAGAGUGAAUUAAUUUUCAAGCGAAAACCCGACUGACCGUGUUGCUCCGGUAAACCGUCGCGUGAGCCGGCGUGUAUGAUCGAUCGGUAGAGGCCGAAACCUUGGACAAACCAGCGGGAUCUCUGGAGCAUGUCCAGCGCCGAGGACCGGACUUACUGUUUGUCCCCGAAAGAUGUGAGACGGAGACGGGAAGACUAGCUUACGAGGCCGGCGACACGAUGGUCCGCGGCUCGUGCCGAGCUCGAGUGACCCACGCCGUGGUCGUCAUCUUCCUGGAGUUCUUCGCCUGGGGACUUUUGACCACGCCCAUGCUGACUGUCCUCCAUGAGACGUUUCCUCAGCACACCUUCCUGAUGAACGGUCUGGUGCAGGGGGUCAAGGGUUUUCUGUCGUUUCUGUCGGCUCCUCUGAUUGGUGCUCUCUCAGACAUCUGGGGCAGGAAGUCCUUCCUCCUCAUGACCGUCUUCUUCACCUGCGCCCCCAUUCCCUUCAUGAGGAUCAGUCCCUGGUGGUACUUUGCUCUGAUCUCAGUCUCCGGCGUUUUCUCCGUGACCUUCUCUGUGAUCUUCGCCUACGUCGCUGACAUCACCGAGGAAUAUGAGAGAAGCACCGCCUACGGAUUGGUGUCGGCCACCUUCGCAGCCAGCCUGGUGACCAGCCCGGCCAUCGGCGCCUUCCUGUCGGCCAAGUACGGGGACAGCCUGGUGGUGCUGGUUGCCACGGUGAUUGCUGUGGUGGACAUCGCUUUCGUGUUCUUCGUGGUCCCGGAGUCGCUACCGAACAAGACCCGGCUGUCGUCGUGGGGGUUCCCCAUCUCCUGGAAGCAGGCCGACCCCUUCGCCUCUCUGCGGCGAGUUGGAAAGGACACGACCGUCCUGCUGAUCUGUGUCACCGUCUUCCUGUCCUACCUCCCUGAGGCUGGACAGUACUCCAGUUUCUUCCUCUACCUGAAGCAGGUGAUCGAGUUCUCUCCUGAAGCUAUAGCUGCCUUCAUCGCCAUGGUGGGAAUCCUCUCCAUCGUUGCACAGACCCUCCUCCUCGGCGUUCUAAUGAGGACCAUCGGGAACAAGAACACGGUUCUGCUGGGUCUGGGCUUUCAGCUGCUCCAGCUGGCCUGGUACGGGUUCGGCUCGGAGCCGUGGAUGAUGUGGGCUGCAGGAACGGUGGCAGCCAUGUCCUCCAUCACCUUCCCAGCAGUCUCUGCUCUGGUGUCGCACAGCGCAUCACAUGACCAGCAAGGUGUGGCUCAGGGAAUGAUCACGGGUAUCCGCGGUCUCUGUAACGGUUUGGGUCCGGCUCUUUACGGAUUCAUCUUCUUCCUCUUCAAUGUGGAGCUCAGUGAGUUGCCGUCGGCUGAAGGAAGACCCUCGACCAUGGAGAGGUCAGUCAUCCCGGGACCGCCCUUCCUGUUCGGAGCGUGCGCCGUCCUGCUCGCCCUGCUGGUCGCCGUCUUCAUCCCCACACAGCGACAACUGGAGGACGACGAGGAAACCCUCAAGUCCACCAGCACCUCCUCUGCACACGCUUAGAACGCCAUCUCCCUGACCACGCCCACCAGCGACCAGAGGACAUCGAGCCCCUCCUGCAGGACAGCAUCAUGUGACCGCCCCUUCCCUCUUUAGAGGUCUGUUCCGUUAUGAUUCCGUGCUCCUGUGGCCUCGGACAGAAACGGAAACCUGGAGGAUCAGCAAGUCCAGGAUCCACCGGGAGCUACCGAGUCCGGGAACCAGGAGAGACUCCAGUUCAGGAGGACGCUGUUCCUGACUCCUCCUCCUCAUGCUGUUCCUGACUCCUCCUCCUCAUGCUGUUCCUGACUCCACCCCCAGCGUUGCUCCUGACUCCUCCCCCAGCGUUGCUCCUGACUCCUCCCCAGUGUGCAGCCAUGUCUCGGUGGAAUUACCAGAACCGUUUUCUUGGUUCAGGUCUGUUCAGCUGCAGUGUGGAUCUUUUAAUGGUUUAAAAUGUCUCCACUUGG